AUGGCUGCAGCUUGCCAAACAGAGGCAUCCAGACAGAAAACACCUACUUUGGAACUAUCCGGUGAAACACAGCUUCCAGAGAGCACCAACUGCCUGACGUGUUCAGAUGAUGACAGGUACCUCAGCCUAGGUCACUCCCGCGGCUUGUCUGUGUGGUGUGCAUCUUCUCUGAUCUGCGCUGCAGAGUGGCUGCAGGACACACUGGAAAUUACAUCUAUUCAAAUGACCAGAAUGGCUGAGACAGCCUAUCUGCUCGGCACUGUUGAUGAUAUGGGUGUUGCCAGAGUCUUUGCAUAUCACUGUCAAAGUAUUUACCUCCUCAGUGUUAUAAACAUCAUGAAAGAUGUCAACAAAAGGAGCAUUUGCUUGGCAUUUGAACUGUCUGAAGGGGGAGAGUAUGGAGCUGCAUCAAUCAGCUGUAACAGUGCCACUUGUCUCGAGGUCUAUCACUUCCCCUCAGAAGCAUGGCUGAAAGAGUUAGAGACGGCACGAUCACAUCAGCAGGAUCAAGACUCAUCUGAAGAUGUGGGUGUGGAAUGGUCACCAGUUGCACUUGUCUGUAAAAUCAAGCCACCCAAAGUUCCAGCAGGGACAGUAUUGGAUGGUUCCCUCGAGGCUUUGCAGAUCACAGACUUUUUUACACACUGUUUGGCUCUGGACAUAGAAACCAGCAGCAGCUGUCAACAGAAGAAACAGUCUUUUGAUACAGACGCAGGAAAAACAAAGGAAACAAAUGAAAGCCCGAGACGUUGCACCCAGCACUUUCUUCUGCCUUGUGGUCAGUUUCCUGGCGACACUAUAGCAAAGUCUCAGCCAGGAUUGCCUGUUGCUGUGUGUGUGUGGUGGAGUGGCAGCCACAAUCUUCUUCAGUAUUUUCUGCAAAAAGCUCCAAAGAACAAACAAGAUGUGGAUCCCAUGCCAGAUGUAUUAUGGCCAAAUUCAAAGGAAAUCCUCUGCUCUGCUGUUAGUACAUGCACCCGUUACAUAGCUCUUGGGCUCAAUAAUGCUCUGGUAUGUGUGUGGGACAGGCUAUCUGGGUCUCCUCUGUCUGUUGUCUGUGUGACAGCAGCAACAGACAGCGCUUUCUUCAGGAUGCAGUUUGUGGAUUCCUGGCCUCGGACUGCUGAUGAUAUCCAGACUUUUACCCCAGCAAAAGUCCAUCUUUUGGUGUUGUAUAAAAGUGGAGCAAUUCAUACAGUCACCACAGGAGGAGGGGCACAAGCCUGCACAGAACAGCUCACUGGAAGGCCUAAAGACAGAGGGGACCUUCCAACUGCCACUGCACCAGUGCCAUUCCUGCAGAGUUUGUCGCUUGUGGUGCAAAGAAAUGGGAAAGUGUUGCUCCAGGAUGUCAUCAACAAAACCACUGUGUGCUUCUUGAUUCCUCCCACAACUCAUGUGACUGCCACUCCGUGCAAUCCUGUUUAUGCUCUGAACUCCAGACAGCAGACUCUGUUCAUUCAAGGUGACCUGGACCCCAGCCGCAGUGCGUCUUCUACAGAUGGAAACCAAAGUAAGCUUUUCAUCUUCCGAUUUGGAGAGCCUGGCAUCAUCAAGCAGUAUAUCCUUCCACUUCCAGACUCUCCACGAGAACAAAACACACAGAGCUGUGUCACUCUAGAGGAAUCCUGCAAUCUCUACCUCCAGCAAAGAGUGCUGACUAUGGGUGAAAGGAACAAAGCCAUAACAGAGACAUGGAAGCAGCUACAGGAAACUGCGGUGAUAUAACAGCGGGGACACAGCAGAGCUGCAGCCAACUGAAGAACAACAACAAAUCUUUUUUACACAGAGGUACUAUUGUAUGUAGUGUUUGUGUGCAUGUUCAUUUCAUGUCAGUUUGAAGCUUCUUUACUGCACUAUUUUCCUCGAUACACAAUGCUCACUUACACAGAUGUAAUUUUUCCAUAUAAAAUUGCUGCAAUUAGUGCAGUGUAAUAUAUCUGCUGUAUUUUUGUUCCUUUUUCUCACAAAAGAAUAAAGUAAGUGGGAAAAAUUUA